UCCAGAGAGGUCAGUGGCAGUGGAGUUGACUGUUCCCAUUUUCAAAGCGUUUCUCCUGUAGAAAGCUGUUAGACAUGAAGAGACCCGAGACUCACUAUGAGUUAGCCAACGAGAUAUUUUGAUCGGUGCAGUUUGGUUUUUUUGGUGUCGUUGUUUUUAUUAUUGUGGUGUAGUUUGUCAUUGUGCAUAUUGUGCACACUCUGUAUGGUCGGAUGUGCAUUUAAUUUUGGAAUUCGAUAUGCGGCAAGCGGCGGAUAACACGUGGUUUUGGAAUACCAGACAGGGAAAAAUAUGUCGCUUCUUCACUGUGUUCUUGUUCAUAAUAUGCACAAUUUCGACGCCCACUAAAUCAGAUUUUCUGGAUGACAUGAGCCGACAGUUUUUCGGUUUAGCGAAUGAUGGACACAGUCAGUCAAACCAGCAACAGUAUAAGAAUGACCCAGAUCCUUUCCGGCAGAUGUUCGGAUCUGCUAGCCAAACGGUCAGUUCAAGACCGCCUCCUCCGCCAAAUCAUCAUUAUGCCAAUACUGCAAGGCCUGUAAGACAUCCUCAGGGUCAUGUAAGACCUCCUCAAGGUCCUGUAAGACCUCCUCAUCGCCAAGGAUAUUAUCCCAUUCAGCAAGCAUCUCCUUAUCCAACUCCUCCAGGAUAUGAUGGACCGCAGCCUGUUUAUGGGCAACAACAAGGUUUUGGGCAAAGACGUCCCGAUACAAACGACACGGAAACUCAAGGAUAUCCAGCUGAUGCACGUAAUCCUCAUCAUCCACCUCCUACACACUACUAUCAAGAUCAUAACAGACAUCCUUAUCCCCCAGCAGAAUAUCAUCAACAACAUCAUCACCCAGCUACUGUUGUAGAUUACCAACAACCACCAGAAACAAUUGUUGAAUAUCAGCAGCCUGCAGCUGAAUAUCCUCAUGAUGCUGUGCCACAUCAAGUUGAAUAUACCCAUGUGCCUCAACAGCCAGCGGUAGUCGAAGAACACCACGGAACCGCGAUAGAAAUCCAUACAAAUGAUGGCCAUCAUCAUGAGCCACAUGAGCAUGUCGAAUAUCAUCAUCAUCCCCCUGAGAUAGAACAUCAUAUUAUUAAACUACCCAAACCGAAAAGAUUUCAACUUAGCUAUAAUCAGCCAAGUCCAGAUCUCAAAAUAGUAGAUAAGCAUUUAAGACUUCCUCCCGUAAAAUUUAGAUUCCACAUUAACCCAAAAAUUGUUAUAACAAGUAACGCAAAAGAUCCUCUUGAAAAGAAACAUCAUGAUGAUGAACACGAUUUAGAACCUUUCCCUCCACCAGAUGCCUUUUCUGAUCCUGAAACACCACCAUCAUAUAACAGACAUGUCGUAGAGCAUUAUCCUGUAGAACAUCAUUAUCCUGCAGACCCCCAUUAUCCAGUUGAAUAUGCAGCAGCAAAACAUUAUCCUGUAGAACAUCGUGCAAUAGAGCACCAUGCUCCUCCUCAUGAGUACACUUACGAUCUCAGUCAGGGCCAUAGUCAUUUGAACCCACAUCGUAGUCAUUACGAACCGACAUUCAAAAUCAAAACUAAGCCAAUAAUUUUUACUGAACCUCCCCCAACAAGACCCACAACUACUCGAAGACCGACUACUACGACUGCUCGUACCACCACAACGACGACUACAACUACAACGACCACUCGACCACGAACAAGAGCUCGACUAAAUGCCAGAAAUCCAGGUUUUUCAGUCGCCUUCACUCAGGGGUCAACUACAGCUACUACGCCUAUAGAAAGACAGGGCGACAUAACAACAGCUAGCACUACAAGCAGAAGAACUACAUUUAGAAGCAGCUCUGAACGAGAGCGUGAAAGUGACGGAAUUGCUGCCCGAAAGGAUGAAAUGUCUUCUAUCGCUACAUCUUCUACCACCCAGCCCACAACUGCAUCAACAACUUUGUCUACUACUCCGAGAACAACUACUACUACUACGACGACGACGACUGUUAGACCUACUACGACGACGACGACUGUUAGACCUACUACGACGACAACAACAACAACUACGACUCCUAAACCUACAACGACAACAACAACUACGACUCCUAAACCUACAACUACUACGACAAUAAUGGUACCGAAAACUACAGUGACAAUGUCUACGACAAGUAGCACGUCCACUUUUGCUUCUACUACAAGCCAAUCUACGCCAACACCAGCUGAAGAAACUACUUCACAAAGAUCUUCCACUUUGAGCAUUGAUACAAAUGAAAUUGAUAUGAGAAAAGCUACAGAAUCACCAAGGCGCCGAUUAGAGCCUUUACAGGAAGGAUCUUCUUUUACAUCUGGAAAAUCAGAGACUGUGAAUAUCGAGAGUUCAGAAUCCGUCAAAGUGAUUGAAACAACGAUGUUGAUUGACGGUAAAAAUCAAACAGUAAGAUUUUACUAUAUAACUCAACCUGUCAAAUUUCCUUUAGAUGUAUUCCAAAAAAUGACUGGCCAAAGCAAUGAUGGUACUUCAGGAAUGAAAGUAAUUAAACUACGAGAUAAGAGGUAUGUCGUAAGCGUCCAUAAUAAAGAUCCAUUUUCACAGCCAUGAAUUUUUCCUGCAGGAAACAGGAAUAUGUUUAUCUGUGAUGAACAGUAACAAUUUGGUCUCACAACUAUGCACAUAACGCCAAAUACAGUAACUCAGCGGUACUGAUCCGUUUGUGUUAAUAUCUAUGUGCGCCUUCGAUACAGAUAUAGGUGCGAUGUAAGGAAGAAUCUUCCAAAUGAGUCAUAUUUCUCGAAAAAUGUGAUUUCAUUUCCAUAAAAUAUUAUUUAUAGUAGUUUGCAGGUUAAAAGAGCAAUUUUGAUAAGUCGUAGAAGUUAUUGCUCGAUAAAUAAAAUCACUUUCGUAGCUUCUUUCUUCGGUUCUGUGAACUUUUCACAAAUACUUCUUUGAAACUGAGGUUAGAAAGCGUUCCUUCUUUUUCAUUAUGAAAACCGUACUUUUAUAGAGCGGAAUAUUGUAUAUAUUAAUUAAUAAUUUUUAUAACUAUUUUAUACGUAAAAUAAAAUAAAAAUUGUUUUCAGCAAUAUA